AAAGAAAAGAAAGACGUUGUUGAUUCUUCAUUCUUUUCAACCUUGACAUUCAAACCUCAUUUUUCAUUGCUCUAUAAUAUAUUACCAUGGAAGCACAAAUUGAAGAGCUCCUGCCAUUUUUGCACGAUGCUAGGAUGGAGGUUCGUCAAAUCGCUAUCCAAAACAUCGUCUCUUUCACUCCCAGCACUUCUGAAUUCUUCAAAGCAAUCGCUCAUGAUGCUCUCCGCUCGCUCAUCAACCUUUCUGGAGAAACUGUUAUCUGCAACGAGCUGGAUGAUGAAGAAUUUAUCAAGCAUUUGAUCUUUAAUAUCAUCAUUUCCAAAACCAAUAUUUUGGGUGAUUUAGGAUCCAUGUUGCUAUCCAACAUGUGUAAGAAUGAUAAAAUUGCAAACAAGAUCUUGAAUAUGACUGGAAAGCCUGUCGAGGGCCUCACAGUCGCCACCUCCGUUGUCGGUCAACUCGCUGAUAUCUUUUUAAAGGGCAAUGAAAAGAACUACAAUCCUCAAUGCAACUAUGAUUUUCUGGCAAGUGUCUUUGCCACAUUGGCUACGAUUCCUCUUGGUCGUACUCAAUUAUUUGCCAAAGAUAGCGGUGGCCUCUCUCCUCUUUCCAAAAUUGUUUGCUUCACUGAACAUCCUAAUUUGAUCCGCCGUGGGGGCGUUAUCACAACCAUCAAGAAUGCAAGUUUUGCUGUUGAAAGCCACCCUGCUCUCCUUGAUGAGAGCGAUAUCAAUGUGUUGCCUUACAUUUUACUCCCUCUCUGCGGUCCCGAAGAAUUCGAUCUUGACGACAUGGAGGGUAUGCCCGAAGAUAUCCAGUUGUUGCCUCCUACAAAGAAACGUGAGGCCGAUGCCCAUUUGCGCGAGACAUUGCUCGAGGCCCUGAUCCUUUUAACCACCACGCGCCCCGGACGGAUUACUUGCGAACAUGUCCAACAAGUGGCUGAACAGAUUGUCAACAUGUUGAUGCGUGAUGAGGCCGGCGCCGAGAUCACAGAAAUUGACGACACAGCUACUAAACCACCAGUCGUGGAAGACGAUGAAGACACCAUCACUGAAGUAUAAUGACAUUUAUAUAAAGGCGAAAUGUCUGCAAAUAUGUAAU